AUGAUCAUCCCAAAAUUUCCGGCCUGUUCUUUACCUGUAAAUCCCGAGUUCAAAUCAAAUACAUUCCUCUCAAAGACACAGAUGAUGUUGGAAAGACAUCCAGGCCAUUGGCCCCUAUCUUACCAAGUCUACAAUCCUACCACAAAGCAAUUCCGGUCUCUUCCCUGGCCCUUUUCCCGCACUAGUUAUCCUGCCGACCCUCUAUAUUUGGCUUUUGAUCCUUCCAAAUCACUUCACUACAAAGUUGUUUUGCUUCGGAGACACAAGUAUAAGAAGGAUAAUUACUUGUAUCAAAUUCAUAUUUAUUCGUCAGAAACCAAAGCGUGGAGACCCUUUGGUGGUGAUACUCUCCCGGCAAGAUCAGCAGUAUCAAAUGACUUCGAUCAUGGAGUCUAUUGUGAUGUUUCCAUCCAUUGGACUUGCAUAUACUUUGAUGUUGAUCAGGAGAGAUUGUGCCCAAUGCCAUCUCUACCAAUAUCACAGACUGCUGAUAGUUUAUUACGGCAUUUUGGGGAGUCUGGGGGUCAUUUACAUCUUACUCAGCAGCACACCAUAUUUACUAUUGACGUCUCUGAGAUGGAAAGCGAUUACUCCAAUUGGUCGUUCAAGUAUCGGGUUGACUUUAACUUGAUGGUAGAUUUCGUGACCGUGCUUGGUUUAGUUCUUGAAGAAGAUGGAGGUGUGUAUUUGAUGCUAUUUGUAGGCACCAACAUGAUUAUCACUUACAACAUAAAGGAUAAUACCUUUAAGAAGCUUCUUGAUGUAGCACACUGUCCUGGUUCUUCUGAGGCUCAGCUUUUGUCGUAUAAACACUGUAUUCUCCAUCCAUACAUUCUCCAUCCAUACAUUGAGACAUGGGUUUUAUUUUAG